GGGAGUCCGAGCCGCACGCUGGGAGCUGUAGGCGCUCGGGGAGCUAAGCAAUGGCUGGUCUCGUCUCGUCAACUACAAUUCCCAGCAUGCGGCGCGUGGAGCCCGCCGGCACUUCCUGUUUCGAGGAUGGUGUUCCGGUGACUGUAAACAACAUCAGCCUCUCCUGGAGCUCAGAACUGGGUUUCUGAGGCUCAGUUCCUCUUGAUGACACAGUUACAAUGUCUUUGUCAGAGUGGCAUAUUGCGGUGAAGCUGGCAGAUCAGCCAUUGGCCCCCAAAUCCAUCCUGCGGCUACCAGAGACUGAGCUUGGAGAGUGUCCUUUGGGUGGGUGCAGCAUCUCCUACCUGAAGCAGCUUAUCACUGGAAAGCUGCAGGAGUCAGUCCCAGACCCAGAACUUAUUGAUCUAAUCUACUGUGGCCGCAAGCUGAAGGAUGACCAAACCCUUGACUUUUAUGGCAUCCAGUCAGGCUCAACUGUUCAUGUCCUGCGGAAGUCAUGGCCCGAGCCGGAUCAGAAACCAGAACCUGUGGAUAAAGUGGCUGCAGUGCGAGAGUUCCGGGUCCUGCACACUGCCCUUCAUAGCAGUCCUGCAUACAGAGACGCAGUCUUCAAGAUGCUGGGGAACAAGGAAUCACUGGAUCAGAUCAUCGUAGCUACCCCUGGCCUCAGCAGCGACCCUGUUGCUCUGGGUGUCUUACAAGACAAAGAUCUUUUCUCUGUCUUUGCUGACCCAAACAUGCUGGACACGCUCAUCCCAGCUCACCCUGCUCUGGUGAACGCCAUCAUCCUGGUUCUGCACUCGGUGGCGGGCAGCACGCCUCUCCCAACUCCGGAGACCUCCUCGCGCAGCAUGCCCUCCAGCUCCUACAGGGACAUGCCAGGUGGCUUUUUGUUUGAAGGUCUCUCUGAUGAUGAAGAUGAUUUUCAUCAGAGCACAAGGUCCACGCCUUCCAGCAGCACUUCUGGGUCCCGCCCAGCAUCGCUUGGCUACACUGGGGCUGCCGGACCCCGGCCAAUCACACAGAGUGAACUGGCAACUGCGCUGGCCCUGGCCAGCACGCCUGAGAGCAGCUCACACACUCCUACCCCUGGCACCCAGGGUCACUCAUCGGGCACCUCUCCGAUGUCCUCCAGUGUCCAAUCAGGAACUCCCAUCACCAACGAUCUCUUCAGCCAGGCCUUGCAGCAUGCCCUGCAGGCAUCUGGGCAGCCCGCCAUGCAGAAUCCUCUCCGCUGCCAUGGGCUGGAAGUGCAUUGUUUGGGCCAGCCGCUCUGGUCAGCAGCAGGAGCAGCAGUGGGAUGGAGUCCCUCCAGGACCUUCUCUCCAGAUCUGCAGCAGGGACCAUUUCUGAAGAUACCCUGGAAGGGGGAAACUCCAGCCCCAGACACGCAGGCCAGCAUUAGAGGUAGGAGCCGCCUGGCUGGGUGGAGGACACUGGAUCUAACACUGGGAUGGGAAUUUUUCCAUUUGGGGUCUAUGCAGGGCAUGGAUGGAAUCAGUCCCCUCAACAAACAGCCUGGCGGAGAGAGGAACAUACAGUCAAAUAGCAGGUCUCUUGCCCAAAAUCAGGACACAUGGUCACCAUCUGGGCCCCCUCCCCUAGGGUUCUCUGGCUCCUUCCAGCUGUGUUACCCUGCUGCCUUCUCCACCCUGAUCUGGGCAUCGCAGGGUCGUUCUCCACUCGUGGACAGCAGGAUCUUCCAGGGGAUUAUCAGGCUGGCCCUGGGGAUGAAUGGAUGUUGGCAGGUGUUCCCAGGAAGGUUUGGGGUCUUUCUCUCUUCAUGAGAAGUAUCUACCCCCCACUUUGCGCCCCAAGCCCUGCCUGAAGGAAGCAGCAGUGGGACCAGGUCAUCCCCUAGUGGGCCAAAUAGGAGCCACUUCUGGCUUUAGCUCCCUAGCGUCUCUAAGGCGAUGGGGAGUUUGGGCUGGUUCUGGGGCGGGGGACACACAAAUAUUCCAGUUGGUCUCAGGGGGGAUUUUGGGUCUCUUCCUCACCCCAUGGGGCUUCCUCGCUCACCCCUGCCUGGAGCAGGAGGGACGGGCUGAGACUGCCUCUGUUCAUCAACGGAACAGGCUGGAUCCUUCCCUUCUCUCCCUCUGCACCCUGGGGUGGUGGCUACUUCUAUUAUGGAGGGGGGUCAGGUCCCCCAUUUUCCACCCCCACCUCCCGUUGGCUCCCUGAAGCUGGGCUGGCUCCUCCAAGGUGCUUCUCCCCCGCUGGCUGGAGGCCAUGCUAACUGGGACCCUGCUCAGUGGUAGGGAGAAGGCAGAGGCCCAAGGGAGCUCUCAGCAGCCCUGGGUUUCCUGGUUCUAGCCCAGGAGGCACCUACCCCACAUUCCCAACAGCCAUGAACUGGUGAGGGCACCGGGUGUCCCAGACCCUGGAGUCCUGUGCUGGGGGUAUUUUGUGGGUGUGUAUGUGGGUGUGUAAGUGGGGGGAAUCCUGAAUAAUGAGGCGGAUUAGUUUGUCGGGGGAUUUCCCCUAUCUGCUGCAUUGAGAGGGGAUUUUCCCAUUGAAAGUACCUGAACUGACUGCUGAAGCGGGAGGGGGCGAGAGGUGCGAGGAAGUGGCCCCAGAGGCUGAUGCUGCGUCUGACGUGUGUGAGGCGGGGGGGUGCACAUGGGGUAGGCCUGGGGGAGGGGGUAACAGGGCUCAUGAACUGUGGGAGGGAGUCUGAAUGCCCUCUCCACAAAGAGGGAUCUUGGCUGCACAUGGGGCUGCAGUGCCCCACCCCCAUGGAGCCCCAGGGUGUUGGAGGGUGGGGUUCAUUCAGUCCUCAAAUUAUAGCAGUGGCUCAGCCUAUUUCUUCACACCCCCCUUUCUCCUGGGUGACCCUUCUCUCAUCUGUCCUGCAGAGCCUCCUGGCUCUUGGGCCAGCGACAGGUAGGAGCCGUCACUUGCUGCUUCUCCAUCAGGCUGGGUGGUCUGGGCCAGGGGAGGGAAUUGAGGAGGUUCCGUGGGGCACACUGGACAAGUGUCCUGGUUGGGUGAGGGGUGCCCUGGGAUGGGAAUGGAUUCCACAUGCUGCCAGUUCAUAAAAACAGUGGGCCUGGUUCUGAUCCCACUUACCUGGUGUUACCCCCUUGUGGCCCCAUUGGGCCUGGUUCUGAUCACACUGGGUUUGUGUGUUCCUGCAGAAAGGCCUGUAUGUGGGGACAGGGGAGGGGCUUCCCCACAAUCAUUCGGACCCUGAGGCUCCACACUGGAGAUGGGAGCCGCUUCAAGCUCAUUCUGUGUGGUGGAGGGGAGCCCGGUGGUUUAUUUUGGGGCUUCAUGUGGAGGGUGGAGUUGGGAUGGGGUGUGAUACCCCAGGGGGCAGAAGGGCUGGGGGCGGGGUCGCAGGAGGGCUGGCAGUGGGUUAGCUCUCACUCCGUGGGGAGGUGGGUAACCCUGCCUGGGGGUGAGUUGGGUCUGGGAUGAGGGGGUGAGUGUGGGGUCUGCCCCCUUCUAGCCAUGUGGCUUGGCCAUCCCUGGUGUUGUCCCCAGCCGAAGGUGCCUGCUUUGCCCACCAGAAGGAGCAGAGGGAUCUGGUGAUUUGGUGCCUCAGGGG